GUCAAAAUGACAGCAACGAUAUGAGCAAACUCCACUAGUCUGGGAGAGCUACGUGAAAAAUAAAAAGGAAAAUUGACGUUUCGAAACCGAUUUCCAAUUUUACUCUAUUCGAUUUCACAAAAAAUCAUGCUCAAAUACCCCUAUGCUUCUGUCUAAGUGUUUCAGUGUAGUGUAUUUCCACAAUCAUGGUGUCUAUCAUCAAAAAUCAACUCCUCAAACACCUAUCCAGAUUCACCAAGAACUUAUCGGCGGACAAAAUAAAUCUAAGCACGUUCAAGGGGGAAGGCGAAUUAUCAAACUUGGAACUGAAUGAAAUUGUUUUGACUGACCUGUUGGAGUUGCCAUCAUGGUUGCAUUUGACGAAAGCCUGGUGUAAUAAAGUUACAUUCAGGAUACCCUGGACGAAGCUGAAAAGUGUACCUAUACAUUUGAGCUUAGAUGAGGUGAAUAUAACAGUGGAGACAUGCCAGGAUUUACGCACAACAUCACCCCAAGGCGGCCUGUCUUCAUAUGCUACAGCUCCUGGGAAGUAUAGUUUUAUACAUAAGGUCAUCGAUGGUAUAACUGUUACAGUCAACACCGUGAAUAUUCUGUUCAACAGUCCCGCAUUCACAGCUUCUAUCCAGAUUUCAAGAAUACUAGUCGAGUCGAAAACGCCAAAGUUUACAAAGUCCGAUCUGAGAAUGACUCGUUUGAAGAAUCCGCAAAAAGGUCAGCUACUCAUUUUCAAGGAACUUGAAUGGCAAACUGUUAGAAUAGAAGCAAAGUCGACUGUCGAUGACAAUCUGACACCUUUGAGGUUAUUGACUAAUCAGGCCAGAUGUAGGAUAGUUAUAAAGAAAAGAAUAUCAGAUUGUUACAUACUUGGUUCGAGGCUGGCUAUAAUACUUGAUGACCUCUUGUGGGUUCUAACAGAUUCUCAGCUAAAAGCAGCCUUACAUUUUUUGGACUCCUUAGCAGGGCUGAUACAAAAGGCAACUCAGAUCACCAGAAAAGCGAAGGCAGCUAGAAAAUUGGAGGAGUUACCAGAAUAUCAAGCACAACUAGCGCAAGAGGCCCAAUUCACUGAUGUCAAUGACAAAACAAGUCGGGUGUUUGCAACCUAUGAUGUUAUUGAAACGUCCUACCAUUUCCUUUCCAAUCAAAUAGUUCUACAUUUGUGCGAUGACCCUGGACCUGGUAGAUCCUGCCACCCCAACUUAAAGGAAGGUGGAGCAUUGCAGAUAAGCGUCAAGAAAUUUCAAGUAGAUUUCUACCCGUAUCAUCUAGCUAAAGGAAAUAGGAAACACUGGCCAAGGUACAACUCGACAGCUGUGCCUCAUUCGAUGUGGCAAGAUCAAGCGUUAAAUUCGUUCAAGACUAAAGUUAUGGAUCUCAUUGAUAAAAAUAAGACUCAACAUACACCUCUCACUAGAUCACCAAAGCCUACGGAACAACCUAAUUCAGCAGCUACUAGUCCCGAUUCGAAGAAUCCAGCCGGUUACAGACACAAGGAUAUUCGAAAAAAAGUGGAAAUUCAGCUCUCGAAGCUGAUGACAGCCUGUACUAUCAUCAGAAUAGAAGAUUUCGCUCUUUAUAAGGUCACCACCUCCGGAAAAAAACAGGCACUCAAGGAAUUUAUUUGUGGUGAUAGAAGCCAUAUGUUGUUACCAAAAGAUGCUAGCAUUGUACAUGCAGAGUUCAUUUACUAUUAUUACCCCAACGAUAUACCUUUUCCAUUGCCACCUCCUAAGUUUUAUGCCCAAGUGAAUCCCAUACUGAUAAUUUUUGACGUAGACAGUUGCAUUUGGAUGAACUCUUUCGGACUGAACUUAUAUCAAUCGUUAAUGGAUUCGAAAAAUGAAGUCCAAGCCUCAAAUUUUACCUAUAUCGACGUGAAAAUAGAGGCAAUUCUUCCUAGGGUGAAUUUCGAAAGUUCCGUGGACCACCCGACUCAAAAAGACAGGCCGAAAUGCUUGAGCUUCCAAGUGACAAGAGCCAUAAUAACGAACGUGAGAAGUUUGGAACAAUCUUCAAGAGCAGAUCUGGCCAAAUGCGUCGACUCGUUCCACAUGGGUUCUCUGUUUUUCGGAUCGGAAUUUCCGUCUCAACCUAGCGAUUUUUAUAUCGUUACUCAAAAGUUUCUCGAUCACAUAUCGACCAAUGAUAAUGUGCGGAGCCCGCCUUUGAACGUGGACGCUUCUUCAUUGGAUGCACUGCUGGAGCAGUUCAGCCGCGAAAUGCUCUGGAUAGAAGCGAAAGACGUGUGGUGCGUCAACCUGGACCCCGUCUGGGGCGAUUUCCACGGCGCCAAAGCGCCCGGCGUGAACAAGCCGGUUCCGUUUCUGGACGCCGUUCCAGUGACCGUUUGGUUACACUCGCACCUCGACCCGAACUCGACGUUGAAACCGCCCGAGAACGGUUUGAACACGGUCAACGCGGACAUCCACGCGCUUGUCAACAUUUCAAAUUUGGUCAGCGUGCAGAUCAACCACUAUCAGUACCUGUUCCUGCUGAGAUUGGCCGAAGACGCGGCCGAGUUGGCUACGUAUUUGUCGAUGGAUACCGACAGGAUAUUGAAGUCUGAAAACAAUAGUUCCAUGGUAGUUGGCGCCCUGGUACCUCAGUUAGAAGUAACUUUUGUUAUGCCGUCCCAUAGUCCAGGAAAAGAGUCUUCUGGUGGAGAUGUUGAAUCUUUCGUACCUGAUUCUUCCAGCAUUGCUGACGAUAACAUGUUUGUAGGCUCUUCGGCAACAAUCUGGCAGAACAGCACCUUGUCCAUGUCGCAAGUAGAAACGGGCAAAAAACCUGUAGCGAACGGUUCUAGUCAUCCCUUACAAAUGUCGAGUAGUUAUUCGGGGGAAUUCGCUCAGAACAGUUCAGAAAUUGCUAUGGUGAAAUCAAAUGUGCAGACGCAACAACAAUCCCAACAGCAGUUUGGAAACAUCAAUUUACAGAACAAUUUUAAUGUCGGUUUCACCUCGAUGAAAAAAGGCUUCACCAACCUGAUGUCCUCGAUAGACAGCGCGCUGAAGCCGAGCCCGGACGACAUGAGCGACACGAUGUCGAUACGCAGCGACGCGUCGAGCGACUCCGAAAAGUACGUUCUGAUAAAUUGCGAAGCUGACGUUCCAGGACAGGAUUUGAUGUUCAUGGUGCAGGAGUUCACGUACGAUCACGACAGGGUGGAGGAGGCUGCGGAAGUGCUGGAGGAGGAUAGCACUGUGACGUCGGGCAGCGAUCAUUCGAUCACCAGUAAUGGGAAGAGGAAAGAUCUGGUGUUGGUGUCGACAUUUAAAUUGAACAAAGUGGAGCUUCUUUACCAAGCAGUAGGAUAUUCUUCAGCAAUAAAAGUGCAAGUCGCCAAUAUAUCUAGCGAAGAAUGUUCUUCGAUACCUUGGGAUGAGUUUCAGAGUAAAUUUAGCACGAGAUCCAGAGCGUGGAACGACAAUCCCUCGAACGCCUCAACUACGUCAAAAAUUCGGGUACGUCUCGAUCACACGCUGUCACUGCCCUCUUCCAAAUCCAUGAUGGAGCUGGACUUCAGGAAUAGAGACAAUCUAGCCAAAAUAUUCAGGGACAUGUUGACGGUGGAAGUGAAAGAUCUGGCGCUCGCAUUGAACAUGAGCACCGCAGUAGGCCUAGCCGACUUGAUCGAGGAUGAGAUUAUUCCUAUACCUUUACCUAUGAAAGUAACCUUGGAAACUAUAAAGCUCCAUCUGAAUGAAGAUCGACCUCCAGUGAAUAUCACGUCUCCAGGACCUGUUCCCAUAGAUUUAGAUAUAAGUUUUUUGUACAUAACCAGGGGAGAUGACGGUGUGUUCCAUAUUCAGCCAUGUAAGCCUCCAUCUGCUUCAUCUGUGUCCUCUAUAGCCUCAGCCCAAGAAACGGAGCAAAAGGUGUUCAGGCAGCUCUUCUCCGAGAACGAGGAACUGAAGCGCCGCCUGGCGGCGUUCGAGCGAGUUUCGGAAGAAAACCGCGCGCUCAGAAAAGCCAAAGAAGAAACGGACGUCCUCCGGUCAUGCCUGAAAACGUCGCAAGACGAGGUCGUGAGACUUCUGAACGAGAAACAGAAGUUGCUGGACGACAUCAAGAGGCUGCAGGAUCAGAUCACGAGCGGCGCGGAAAGAGGAGGUUGGCAAUGGAACACUAGCAAAAGAUAGCAAUGUUGUUUUGACUGCACGAACUGCUGUAGUAACGUUAAGGGGACACAGUAGUUAGGCGCAGUUAUUCGAACCGUUUAGGUUGCGUUUAGGCUUGCAAUUGGAAGGUUUCUGUUUAGAGCACACGUCACGUCGCAUAUCACUGAGGGAACCAAUGUGUCAGAUACAGACAUGGAAAUAAGUGGUCUCAUGAAGUAAUACACUACCGUCGAAACAUAAUUUUAUAGAAGAAUAUUUUAGUCUAAUCAUAUUAGACGAAAAUACCGCCGGUUCGCGAUUUAAUUGUAAAAAAAAUGUGUACACCAAUUUUUGUGGGAAAACUUUUUAUUCGACAAGAUUGAAUGAGAAAACGUGUUUUUCGAGAUUCAAUCGGAAGUGUUGGCAGCAACGAAAAAACUCUUUAUACAAGAUUUUUAGGUAUCUAUGAGACCUACAGGAUGAGACCACACGUACAGAGAUCCGACCAAUAGCAAAAAAGUUAUCGCCGAAAACCGAUGCAAACUACAGGUUUUGGCACUUGUUGGUUAUGCAGAUAUUUGAAAUUCUUCAAAUUCGUAGUUUUUACUAAAUCGGUCGAGAGAAAGUAAUCUGCAAGUCGAAAUGUAAAAAUCGCCAAAAAGUAGCGAUUUUUUUUUUGUGUGUCGCUAAAUACCCGAAAAGGUAAAAGUAUUUUUUCGAAUCGAAAUACAAAUAAAUACAAAACAAGUACAUUAUGUAAUGCCAUUAAUGAAAUUUUACAUAAUAAUACCUCCCCAAUAAAAAAAAAUUCCAAAAAGAAAUCCCCAGAAAAAAUAUCCCCAAAGUUUUCGCCAUUGAGAUAAAAAUCCCCUGAUUUUUGGGGAGAACCCCCUAAUAUGGUAACCCUGGAAUCCAAAAUAAAUUACGCGAGGUCAUCAAGUGGACGGAAACAAAGAAGAAAAGUAAUCUAAAGUUAGUAACUCUUUCUGACACAGAUUGAACGAUAUCGAUACUCGUGAAAUGUAUCGAUA